GCAAUUAGCAGAUCGCACAUCUAGUUCGGAGGCCUUCCUAGCGUCGACUAUAUAUAUAGGCCAGAGCACACUCUCGAAAACUCAGUUGAUGUGUGCGGAAGUUUUGUUUUGUCUAAUACACCGGCUAACAGGAAUCUAGAGUCAAAUGGCGGCAACCAAGUACGAUAGCUUCGAAAAGAUUUGGUCCGGACCGAAGGACAAGGAGUACUAUGGUCCGGAUAUGACCCUGGGCGAAGUGGCACUGAUCAUCUUGCGCUUGUAUUCGGACAAGGUGAUGCAGGUGUUCGAUCCGACGGGAGAGCAACUCACUGGAGGUCAGUUGUUGGAGCAAAGUCGCCGGUUGGCCCAUGCCUUCCAACGCUUGAAGUUGCAACGCGGAGAUGUGGUCGGCAUUUCGGCCAAGAACACCACCUAUCUCACUGAAGUGGUCAUCGCAGCUCUGCUGAACGGAACACCCAUCAACCCACUGCAUCCGGAAUUCGAUCCUGAAACCACCGCCUACAUGUAUGGAAUUACUAAGCCCAAGGUCAUUUUCUGCGACAUGGACAACUACGAGACCUUGAGCGCGGUCAAAAGCACCCUCAAGUUCAAAACUGAGAUCAUUCUGCUCACUGGAACUCUGCCAGGAGUGCGCAAUAUAAAGGAUCUUUUAGCAGAUGGUUGCACUGGAUACGACGAUAGAACCCUCUUUGCCUGCCCGCAUUUGAGUGGCGACGACACGGCCUUCAUCAUAACCUCGUCGGGAGUAACCGGUUUGCCCAAGGGCGUAACCCGUUCGCAUCGCAGUCUGCUAAAUGGUGCCAAAAGCCCUCAGCUCUUUACCUCGGAUACAGUCCUCUUCUGCAACAGCCCACUCUACUGGGUGAGCUGCAUCUUUACCAUGCUGGCUUCGCUGGUCAACGGUUGCCGCAGAAUCAUUACAAAUCGUCCGUUUACCGUGGAAUACUUUGCUGACCUUGUGGAGCGAAACCAGGUGACCUCCGUGCUCACAGUGCCUCACCACAUGGCUCUGCUGGCCAAGAGCCCUCAAUAACAGGAGCUGGCUGCGAAGAUGCAGUCCGUCAAGUCCUUCGUGUGCAGUGGCUCGAAGGUUCCUCUGGGAAUCUGGAAGCAGUUGUACGAGCUGCUGGGUGCCGAUAGGUUUGCUGUGCUCUACGGUCUCACCGAGCAUGGAGGUAUCUCCAAGAACGUAGGAGGUCCGUUGGGCAGCGAGGGAAAAUUGUUGCGAAAUGUUCAGGUCCGACUGAUUGAUGAUCACGCCCAGCCCUUGGGACCUAACCAGACGGGUCAAAUCUUAGUUAAACUGAAUUAUCGUUGGGGUGGUUACUACCACAACCCGCAGGAGACCCAGGUGACCGUAACUCCCGAUGGUCAGUGGCUGCUCACCGGGGAUCAUGGUUACUUCGACGACGAGGGAUGCCUGCACUUCCAGACCCGGGACACCGAUGUCUUCAAGUACAACCACUUUCCCAUUUAUCCCAAGCAAAUCGAGGACGUAAUUCAUCAUCUACCAGGAGUCCACGAAGUAGCUGUUUUCGGAAUACCCGACGACGUCUCCACAAAUCUUACAGCCUGUGCUGUGGUCCGAGAUGAAAACGAACUAGGUGCGAAACUUACCGAAGCGGAUGUCAAGGCGAUUGUGGCCCAGCAUCUGAGCGAAGCUUUUCACAUUCGCGGUGGAGUGUUCUUUGUGGACAAACUCCCAAAGACGCAGAACAACAAGAUUCAGCGCAGGAGAAUCUGGGCGGAGUUGAGUGAGGCUACUACCCAUCUGUGAGGUAACCUUAGUUACAAAAAUAAAUAUCAUCUGUUUUACAAAAUAAAGUCGUGCUCCAUAAAAGUAAA